UUUAGCACGUUCCUGAUUGCUUGAAUACAAAUUGCAAUAGCUCAUGUAGGCCUUUAUGUGCUCGAGAUCAAAUUGCCAUCACAGAUAUUAUCAUGUUGACACGUUUCCUCGUUAAUUCAUUAACAUGCACAACUCCUUGUUCUAUUAAGUGAGAUAGCCUCUGAUCUUCUGAACUUGUUUUUGUUUAAUUAAAACGAAUCGCAGUUUAAAAAUCGAAACGAAAAUCAUAUAAAAGUUAAAUUCACCAAUGCAUUGUAAAUUCAUUAAMCGGACAAGUGCGCUGCACCGCAUUCCCACAAAUUAAAUUUCGUCAAACAAAAAUAAUUCGGUAGCAAAGUGAACAUAAGCAGGAUGUCGCGGAUUAGCUGGAUACAGUUAUUCGCGUGUGCAGUACUUUACAUGCAAUCAGCAACCGCGCAAAAAGCACUGAACUUUGAGCGCUGCCGCUACGGUGAUUCGGUGUGCCACACAAAGAUUACCAACGAACUGAUAAAAAAGUACGGCGCAACUGGUGUGCAUGCACUACAUAUCCCGCCCUUCGAUCCAUUGCGUAUUAAGUCGCUUGUAUUGCCCCCGAAUCCAAAAGCUCUCAUAAAUGCACGCUUGUCCUUCAAAAAUGUCGACAUAACUGGUUUGACGAAUGCACAAAACAUCAAAGUCGAAGGCUUCACACGUGAUGUCACAAGUCCGAUAUCACUGUCAUGCACCGUCCCGAAAGCAAGGUUUAGUGGUGCCUAUGAAGGCGAAGGCAAAAUUCUUGGCGUGAAUUUUCAAGGCAAAGGAAAUUGCGUAAUAGAGCUAUCUGAUAUAAACCUCACUAGCAAAAUAGAUGCCAAAUUGGUGCAGAAAAGCUUGAAGAAUUACUUAGUCAUCAAUAAUGUAUCAUUGGUUAUGUCGAAACCGAAAAAUGUGCAUUACCAACUUGAUGGACUCUACCAUGGCAGUCCGGAAUUGAGCGCAACGGCGAACGAUUUCCUCAAUGGCAAUGCGGAUGAAAUAUWUGAAGGCAUGCGUCCGCAUAUGCAAGAGAUUUUUGCAGUGGUCGUACAUGAAUACAUGACAAAAUGUUUUAAUGAAUGGCCAUACGAUGAUCUUUUCCUGCCCGAGUAAAAUAAGAGAAUAAGAGUAUUAAUAAUUAUGAAGUAAUUAAUAUUUUUUAUGCGUGUAAAUACAACAUCAAUACAGCAAA